GCGGCCGGGGUGCUCGGAGUGGUCAUGGUGCUCGUGCUGGUCGUGCUCAUCCCGGUGCUGGUGAACUCGGCCGGCACUUCUGCACAUUACGAGAUGCUCGGCACGUGCAGGAUGGUGUGCGAUCCGUACGGCACCAAAUCCCCGAGCAGCACGGCCACGGCAGACACGGCGGCGCGCGACACUGGCCUCGUGCAAUCACUGCCCACCUUCAUCCAAGGGCCAAAAGGAGAGCCAGGACGGCCAGGGAAGACAGGACCGCGAGGCCCACCUGGAGAGCCAGGACCUCCAGGACCCGCAGGCCCACCUGGAGAGCGUGGAGAACCUGGACGGCCUGGCUUACCAGGACCUCCUGGGCCAAACGGCGCUGGCGCCAUCAGUGCCGCCACAUACAGCACCGUGCCAAAAAUUGCCUUCUACGCGGGCCUUAAGAAGCAGCAUGAGGGCUACGAGUUGCUUAAGUUUGACGACGUAGUCACUAAUCUGGGGAAUCACUAUGACCCUGCCACAGGAAAGUUUACUUGCUCCAUACCUGGGAUCUAUUUCUUUACUUACCAUGUGUUGAUGCGUGGUGGAGACGGUACCAGCAUGUGGGCAGACCUCUGCAAAAACAACCAGGUGCGAGCAAGCGCGAUCGCGCAGGACGCGGACCAGAAUUACGACUACGCCAGUAACAGCGCGGUGCUGCACCUGGAGCCCGGGGAUGAAGUGUACAUCAAACUGGACGGCGGCAAAGCGCACGGAGGCAACAACAACAAAUACAGCACCUUCUCUGGCUUUAUUAUCUACGCUGAUUAGGACACGAGCUUUGCUCCUCUUCCCGGGCCUUUCCGACCCACGUCCUUCUUUUUGCACUCACUUUUAUUUUUUUAACGUCAAGUUUUCCCUACAGAGCCUGUGGCUGGUGAUACACUCCCUCAUCCGAGCCAUUCACCUUAAACAUAUUAGUGUAAGACUAUGUGGGCUGGACGGUCCGUCUCUCCGAGUCUAAUUCAAAAGUCACACACUUGAUGGAGAAGAUAUAUAAUCCCGAUUUCUGAGAAGAACGCUGAAGAACAAAAUCAUCAGUGCGUAAAA